UCACAUUGGUCCAUUUGCUCAGCGGCCCCUCCAUGAUAGACGCCAUCUUAGCACCGGACCGGCACCGCCGCGCACGCCGCGCGCUCGUAACAGAUGCAGUAAUAAACUACAAUCAAGUAGAAGAUGGAGCAUUCUGUGUCAUCCCCCGUCUCCAGCUACUGUCCUUUACAGAAUUAUGUUUUGUUUAGGGGAUAACAGAGAGGAAGAUAGAUGGGAGAGGAUCACCUUCACCCGACAAGCAGUCAUUCUUCAAAGAGGAUAAUUAAAUCAAGUAUGACAGUAAGUGCCAUUCUAUCGAGUGCAAAUCCUGUGUAUGAGAAAUUCUAUCGACAGGUUGAUUCUACUAAUGCUGGAAGAGUAUUAGCUUCUGAUGCAGCUGUUUUCUUGAAAAAGUCUGGAUUGACAGAUUUGGUACUUGGAAAGAUUUGGGACCUAGCUGAUACUGAUGGCAAAGGUAUCCUGAACAAACAGGAAUUUUUUGUGGCUUUGCGACUUGUAGCGUGUGCACAGAAUGGAUUGGAUGUUUCCCUGAGUAGUCUUAACUUGCCUGUUCCUCCACCAAGAUUUACUGAUACUAGUAGUCCCUUGCUACUCAGUGGAACAGCAUCAAGUGAUCUACCAUGGGCUGUAAAGCUGGAAGACAAGGUCAAGUAUGAUACUAUUUUUGACAGCCUAAAUCCAGUGAAUGGACUGUUGUCAGGGGAUAAGGUGAAACCUGUGCUCCUUAACUCAAAACUGCCAGUGGAUAUCUUAGGACGAGUGUGGGAAUUGAGUGAUAUUGACCGUGAUGGAAUGUUGGAUCGAGAUGAGUUUGCAGUUCUUUGGUGCCACCAUCCAAGAGAAAACCUCUCAGUGUUCCAGGAGCAAUGCCAUUAAUACCAUCUUCAACUAAAGAGUCUCAUCAGUCCUUGCCACCUGUGGGCAUUUUAGCUGCCAAAACACCAUUAACACAGUGGGUUGUAUCACCUGCAGACAAAAUUAAAUAUGAUGAGAUCUUUGUGAAAACUGACAAGGACAUGGAUGGAUUUGUGUCAGGUGUGGAAGCCAAAGAACUAUUCCUGAAAACAGGACUGCCUUCUGCUCUCCUU